GGAUGCUUUGACAGUCGCCGGGCCUAGAGUGACCGCACCACAGCCAAGAUGAUUCAAUUAAAGACGAUGCUCAAUUGCAUCGACAACUCGGGCGCCGCCCUUGUCGAAUGCGCCCUGGUCGUCGGCCAGAAGCGCCACGCCCGCAUCGGUGACCGCAUCGUCGUCGUCGUUCAGGAGCAGCGAGGCGCCUCCUCCUCCGGCAUGGCUGGCAUCUCGGCCUCCGCCAAGGUCAAGCGCGGCGACAUCCGCCACGCCGUCGUCGUCCGCACCCGCUACCCGACUCAGCGCCGCGACGGCUCCGUCGUCCGCUUCGACGACAACGCCUGUGUUCUGCUCAACAAGUCCGGCGACCCCGUCGGCUCCCGCAUCAACGGCGUCGUCGGCGCGGAGCUGAAGCGCAAGAAGUGGAGCAAGAUAUUGUCCAUGGCGCCCAUGCAGGCGUAAGCGGUGGUGAGGGCGCCGAGUAUGUUGAGGGGGCUAGGGGCGAUACCGCUAGACGGUCGGUGUAGUGAACAUGGCCGUGCACGAGCGGGGGAAACUGUACAACCACAAAACUUUGGCAUCUGCGAGGCGUUUACGAGCGAAGAGCUCAAUCUCCGAAUACAAUUACAAACAUUUUCAAACUAGCCGUCACGGGCGACUGAUG